CUCGUCACACUGCAUCUGGGUCUGCUAUGACUGCUGCCUCCAGAUGAACUACACCCAGUGGCCAGGACUACUUUGGCCUGUAUGCACAGGUGUCUCUGGUUAGCUUUAGAGCUUUUGGAUUUUCUGUCCUCUCCGUUAUAUAAUUGUUCUAAUCUGCUAAAAAAGAAGGCAAUCUGAAAAAGCCAGGAACAUAGAACACCACUCUUCUUUAUUUCUUCCCUUGUCUCGUCUAGGAUAGUUGACUUCCGUAACAUUUAUUUUCAACAGCCUCUUUCAGCUUCCUGCCUCUGCUGUGUUUGCACCUCUGGAUGGGGCAGGAGUUGAACUGUGGAAUCUGGCAGAGGCCAGCUUUAACGUGGGAUUUGUCCUGAAUAAAAUAUUUGCAGAAGAAAAAGAAACGUCAUUUGACUCACUGAAGAUUUAAAACCGACAAAGUCAUGUGGGAGAAUACAAAAUUUUAGUCUCAAGUGAUGGAAUCAAGUCAUAAGAAGUAAAAAGAUUUGGAUGCUUUCUCACUAUAUGGAACUUAUAUAGAAGGCCUCUAAGACCACCGCAUCUCUCCAUCCCACUCCUGCUGCACAGAGACUCUUGGCCUUGGACGUUGAUAAAAUGCUGGAUUCAGUCAAGUGUGUUCUGGUUGGAGACUCUGCUGUUGGGAAAACAUCUCUCUUGGUACGUUUCACCUCUGAGACUUUUCCAGAUGACUACAGACCCACCGUCUAUGAAAAUACCGGAGUGGAUGUCUUCAUGGAUGGUGUACAGAUUAGCUUAGGUCUUUGGGACACAUCUGGCAGUGAUGCAUUCAAAGGCAUUCGCCCCCUCUCCUACCAACAGGCAGAUGUGGUAUUAAUGUGCUACUCAGUAGCAAACCACAAUUCCUUUCUGAACCUGAGGAACAAAUGGAUCAGCGAGAUCCGCAGCCAUUUGCCCCGCAUCCCCGUGUUGGUGGUGGCCACUCAGACUGACCAGCGUGACGUGGGUCCUUACAGCUCCUCCUGCAUCAGCCCCAUAGAUGGAAAGCGGCUCGCCCAGGAUGUGCGAGCCAAAGGCUAUUUGGAGUGCUCUGCCCUCAGCAACAGGGGAGUGCAGCAGGUGUUUGAGUAUGCCGUCAGGACAGCGGUCAAUCAAGCCAAAAGACAGAACAGGCGGAAGCUCUUCUCCAUUAACGAGUGCAAGAUCUUUUGAGGACUGUCAGCAGUGGGUUUGCUCACGUUUGUUCUUUCUGUUUUCUUACAAAGAUACUGCAGCAGAGAGAAUGGGAAGUGAGUCGAGGGAGGGCUCCUGGCAGGACCACAGUGCAGGUGCCUCUUGUGAGACAGAUGUGCUCUUUAUCUGAUCCUCGACCCUACAAAACAUAAGAGCACUAUCUUGAAAAAUUAAAGGUGCAUACCCUUAUUCACAAGCCUGUGUUUGGACUUUGCUAGCCUGAACUGGAGCAGGCCCAGCCUGCAGAUCUGCAGAUAACAGCAGUACUGAUUUUGGUUUUGUUUCUGUCGAUGUUUCUCAUUUUGUUUGUCUGCAUCUGCAUUUAUUUAAUGAUGAACUUCUGCCUGGAUCAGCCCCCACCUCUGUCCUUGUGGAUUUUUUUUUUUUUUUUUACUUAAGAAUGUAGUAUAUUAAACCUGACCAAUGUAUAUUUUAUUUAGACGACUCUUGGAUAUAUUGUUGUAAAAUCCCAAAAAUUGGUCUUAAUAUUUUGGAGUUCUCCCUUUAGCUAACCACAGAAAUGAAUUGUCCUAUCCAUGUAAUAAAUGGCAUGCAGGCAAGCCUAACACUUCUUAGACAUGCCUGAGUCAUUGCAUAACAGUCAUCAGUACGUCCAGCAUAGCAGUAAUCAAACAGCUGUCUCCUGCAGUUUUGUGAGAUUUGUUAUCUUAAUAUUAUUUCUCAACAGCGUGGUCAAAGGUGGGAAACUAAUCUGAUUCUUCCUAGACUUCACUGGCUUAUAACCUCAGCAGGGCUUGCAGACAGGCUUGGUUUAGACAUAUGGUUGGGCUGGCAGGGUGCUACCAUCACCUCUGUUGUCCCUGCUGUAAUUCUGGGGGCAAAAGAUUUCAGUCUGCAGGCACGGAGGAUAUUUUUUCAUGAGCACUUAAAUUCUCACAUAUUUUUAGUACACUUUUUCUCAAAACAGUGGUUUUAGUGAAACCAGUCAUCUACAUUAGUAAAAGAUUGAGUACAUAGCAAGGUUGAAUGGGUGUCUUUAGAAUGGCUAAAUGACUUUUUUUUUUGAGUUUGCAUGCUAAGUGCAACUGCCUAGGUUGUAUCUAAGUAAGACUGAAACAGGCUUUACAUCCUGGGGAGCCUGUCAGGUCUAGGAGCCAAAUCCUGAUAUAUGUACUGGGGCCAAGUUACCUUCCUGCACAGAAAGGCAGGCUAAAGAAAUGGAAACUAAAGAAAUGGUGUGUACGAGAACUCUGGUAGAAGAUGAAGUGGGCUCAAGACAUGAUGCUGUACAUUCCUUGUGAAUUGCAGCGGUCCCCUCCUCCUCAUAUUAUCUGUUCCCUCUGUCCUGCACUCUCUCUCUGGUCUUGCAGAUCUGUCUCAUCCCAAAAGAAUUUCUUAUUGCAACAAGGUUUUCUUUGUCCCUUUCCCUGUCCUUCAGCUAGCUCAGAACUAACCUCUGAGGGGCUUAUAGCAUGGUGCCAUAAAAGGCAGCACAUAGCCCAGUAGGGUCAUCUCACCGUGAUGUAGGUGAGCAGGUAUUUAUACUAUGAGUACCUUGAAUUCCAGUGGGAUAUGGAAUACUUGGUGUUGUGACUGCCCCACCAGCUUCUAGACAGCUGAAUAUUUACCAUUCUUCAACCUGACUGUAAGGGAGGCUUCUGAUCAUAAAAAAAUUCUGGUCUCAUCUGAGGUUUUCAUAUCAGCCUUAAAUCUUUACAAACUUCUGCACUUGAGCACACAAUACAGGGACUUCUGUCACCACCCAUCUUCCCUUAAUUCUUCUCUUUUCUACUUCUUUCUUCUCAAGUGUUGAUUUCUUCCUGAAACACUAAAACUGACAUGUUUGUAAAAGAAUCUGAAUGGCAUUGUACUUGUGUGGUGUUACACAAGUGGCCAGGUAUUUGCGGUCCUCAGUUAAAAAUCUUUUGGCUUUUGGGAGAAAUACGCUUCUACAUGUCAACUCUUGCAAUGCCUCUCCACUGAAAGUCCUAGGUUUUGUAACUCUAAUUUAAAAGUAGCCAUUUUUAUUGUUUGAACAUUAAAGAUUGCAUGCAAAAUGUCAUGUUAUGAAUUUUCAAAUCUGUUAUAACUGCGGACAUUUUUGUUAUGUUCCCUACUCUACUAAUCGAUUUAAUACCUGGUUUCAACUACUUUUAAAACAUAUUUUUUCCAGAAUGCUCUAUUCAAUUGUCUUUUAUUUCCCUCUGUGGGUUAAAGUUUGUUUACAACAGUUCAUGUAGUUUUUAUGUGCUGAGGAGCAGUAAUCACCAGGUGAGAAUGCUGUGUUGUGGUAUCUACCACAAAGUGCCACAUUCAGGCACCAAAAGGCCCCACAGAAUUAUUAUCACAGACAAAGCCAGAUAAUGAUGUGCUCCAGAAUCACACUGUAACUGAAAAUCUCAUCUCAUCUGUACUGGCUUCACAAAACUUGUUAUGGUGUGUUACAAAAUCAAGAAAUCGAUGUCUGUUGCAAUUCAGUGAAGCCAAGUGGAAAGGCUUCUUUGAGAUGCUUGAACUGACAAUACAAGAUACACACGAAAUUUAGGGAUGGCUUGAUAUACUUUUUUAAUUGUGUAUUCUAGAGCCAGUGCAAGGUGUGAGGCCACCGAAUGCCAGCUGAUUUUUAAAAUCAAUUUGGAAAGCAUGUAAAGUAAUGGGAAUUUCAGUUUCAUGCUUUAUGAAAAAAAAGGUUCAAAUUUUCACAGCCUGGUUAUUUUCAGACUCUCAAAGCUAAAACACACUUUUCACUGGGAACAAACUGAGAAGCACAUAUAUUUUAGUGCCUGUAACUAUGCAGUUUCCCUGAGCUAUAGAAGUGGUGUGCUCAAAAAGUGUGGCAACCCCAAAACAGAGAUUAAAAUCUAGACACACCAGAACUCGGACGAAGAUUUGGCAGGUGGUGUAUUGGGGUUUGCAGCUUGCACAGCUGCAGCCCUGUUGUCUGUGGUGGCAACAACAAGGGACUGCUGAGGUCUCCUGUGUAAACCCUCCAGAGUGUUUUUGCUUGGGUUUACUUGGGUAACAGGGUCCCUGGGUACUGUUUAGAGGUUAAAAUCUGAUUCUGGUGUUUAAAAUACAUUAAAAUGGCACAUGUGAAUUUUCAACUUCUUUUUGCUCUGAAAAAUAACUAAACAGAAAAAAUAUGCAGCCCUGCCUCAGUUGGGUCAAGCUUUCAGCUGAGGAAAGAGACCUUGUCCAAAUAUUCGCCUUCUAUCUUCUCAAAUGGAUCCCUUUGAUGUUAUUCUGUUGCUAAUCUUAUUUUUGCUUGCUAUUAAAAUAGGUUGAAAGUUUUUUUUCAAAAAAGGAUUAUUUUAAAUACAGAUUUCCCAGACUUUUAAACUUAAUUGAUAUGCAGCAUACAAUAUAAAUAUUUUCUACAAUUAAAUAGUAAAAAUAUGUUUCAAAUCAUCACUCUUGCCCCCCUGAUUUUUCAUAUGGAAAAUUAUUCAAGCUUGCUAGAUAUAAUUGAUACUGUUUUGCCUGAUAUUUGCAAUUAACCGUUUGCAAAUUUUUGCGCAAUUCUUGUGCAUGGUCUGUGUUUACUAAAGUCUGUGAACACAAACUAACUGAUGCUUUUGUUAAUGAAGAAAAUGUGUUUAAGGGACUCUAUACAUAGCACUAUUAUAAAAGAAGUCACCAGAGGGAUGAGACAUGAAGGAAAAAGAAAUGUCAGCACUCUUGACAUCUCAGCCUUUCCUGUAUUACUAUGGCAUUUGAGUGAAUACAGCCAUUAGAAUAAUUUCUAAUAAAUGGGGCAAUCCAUGCCUUUUUAGCACUUUCUCCUAGUGUUUUGGUUGCACACAGCUCAGGUUAACAUAAAAGGAA